UCGAACACUGCCUUGAACAUCAAUCGUCAUAUGACCCAUUCUAUCGAGUCUGUAAGGCUUGGGCCAUAUUUGUCUGUGCUAAAGUAGUUCCGUGGAGUGAGUGUGUGCAGAUAGUCAUCACAGUUUUUGGGACCUGUAAAUACUCCCACACUAAUCCAAAAUGUCGGCUGAAAGUCCCAUCUAUGGACCCUUCUUUGGAGUUAUGGGGGCGGCGUCCGCUAUCAUCUUUAGCGCGCUGGGAGCUGCCUAUGGCACAGCCAAGUCAGGAACUGGUAUUGCCGCCAUGUCGGUGAUGAGGCCAGAGCUCAUCAUGAAGUCCAUCAUUCCUGUUGUCAUGGCGGGUAUCAUUGCCAUCUACGGGUUGGUGGUAGCUGUGCUCAUCGCUGGCUCCCUGGAGGCACCCUCAAUGGGUUACACCCUCUACAAAGGGUUCAUCCACCUCGGCGCCGGCCUGGCUGUCGGUUUCUCGGGUCUGGCGGCCGGCUUCGCCAUCGGCAUCGUCGGUGACGCAGGUGUCCGCGGUACAGCGCAACAACCCAGAUUAUUCGUCGGCAUGAUCCUGAUCCUCAUUUUCGCCGAAGUGUUGGGUCUAUACGGUCUCAUCGUGGCCAUCUACCUCUACACGAAACAGUAAAUCUGCACCCUCGUCUCCCGUCGCCCGUGCUUCUCGGCCCUAUGCCCUGGUCGCGCAAGUGGUCGUCGCCGGUAGCCGCAUAGAGCCGUGGAGCACUACCUCGGUCCGCAUAGCUCCGGCGGCGCGGCUCGGAUGCUGCGGCCGCGUCGCCUCGAGCCGCGGACUUUUCAGUAUUUUCUAUUCAUAUUUUUUGAAACUAUCUAAAUGUUAAUCAUGGAGCCCCGCUACCGCGCGACGACAAUAUAAUUUUUUUCUUUGCCGGCUCGAUAUAAACAUUUCGGUGACAGGAGAAUUUAGUUCCACCACUCGACAUAUCAACUUAUUUGCGCGUUCCUUCCACCGCGAACGGUCCUACCAUCCUAGGGAUAUCACAGUUCCGCUGAGGAUAUCGAGUUUAGAUUAUGUUAGCGUUAAGGCGAAACUAAUGUACAGUUAGAAUAGAAAUUUAAGUCCAAACAAGUUAUCUUAAAAAUAAUUUAUAAACCGUUAACCCCCAUGGUACUGUGUACCGCGUCUGCUGAGAAUGUUAAGGUUAAACCUGGCUCGGAAACUACUUGCUUAGCUUUCAGUGUUAUACUGGGUGUUAUGUAUCCUUAUAUUAUACUGUUGGGCUUAUCAUUGUUAACUCGAGUGACCACUGAAAAUUCAAAAGCGAGUCACAAAUAUUGUAACGCCAGGAAUCAGUAAAUAAACAUGAUUUGUACAUUCCA